AUGCCUCUCACACUACUCCUGAUGGAACAACGUCAACCAAAAACCAUGGCCUCUCCGCCGUCACAAGUCCGUGAAUUUUUAAAUUCAUUGACCGGCCGCCCCUCUAAAUCCCGUUCCCCUUCUCCUGUUCCGACGUCUUCCUCAGCUACAUCCGAUUCAAUCUCUCCAGUUUUGACUGCUUCCUCGUCUGCGCUUCCGGUGGCUAUCCCCCGCGCGGCUGCCCCAGGCACUGUGUUCAGAGUGACUUCCAUUCCCAUCGGCACAACCAUCAGUGACCUACACGAUACCCUCUCAAACUUCCCAACACUGAAGCCUAACCUGACCGCUUUGUGCCCUUCCCCCGAUAGUCGUUACCUAACAGCCCUCAUACAUUUCUCCUCCCCUCCACCAGUGCUCACCACUUUGAAGCAUGGCGGUACCCACGCUCUCAAGCUUGUAAGCACCGGCCGCCGAAUUUCUAUCGACCGUGACUUUUACGGCUUGACACAGCUUUAUCCCACCCCCGAGGACUCCCCUAUCCGUGCUGACGUCAUCGCUGUUUGCGGGCUGAACGGCCAUGCCUAUGAUUCCUGGGCUGGUGAGGUUGACAGUGACGGCGAUCGGGUAAUGUGGCUACGUCACUUCCUACCAGAGGACGUUCCGGGGUGCAGGACGAUGAUCUAUGGGUAUGACAGUAAUCUUUCCCCCGAUACUCAGGGAAUACACACGAUCUCCGAUUACAGGGACUCCUUUCUCGAGGAGGUGACGAACGCAAGAAGGACGGAGGAGGAAAAGGAGAGAGAACUGGUGUUUAUCGGGCAUGGUUUUGGAGGAAUCAUCAUUGCUCAGGCGCUUGUGAAGGCAAAAGAGAGCGAGUAUAGCCACGGCUCCUUAUUCCGUCGCACGCGAGCGACGAUGUUUUUUGGAACACCCCACCGUGGUUUCUUGGUGGACGAUAUUUUGGCGAUGGUCAACGGGUCAACCCGCUUAGCCCUCGUGAAGUCGCUUGAGGAAGGGAGUGAAGAACUAGCGACUGAGUUGAAUAAGUUCAUUACAUCUGCCGCGGGCCAUGGAAUGCGCAUAGUGAGCUUCAAAGAGACUCAGCAGACGCGUAAGUUGCAGCAGGGAGCGGAUGGCCGGUGGACAAAAAGCGGGCCAGCUUUCACUGCGGUGGAGGCAGGGUCUGCGAUUUUGGUGCUUCCGGAGACGAUAGAAACCACCCUGCCAGCAGCAGGAAAUCAUUCAACAAUGGUAAAAUUCAAGAGCCAAAACGAGACCGCCUAUCAAAGCGUAAUCAACCGUCUCGAAGUUUGGUUAAAGGACUCAACGCAGACUGCUCCGAGUCCGCAAAAGGCUGUUACAGCUUACAAGGCGGUGAAGGAUGGAAACGCUGCGGGCCUUGAACAUGCACUGAAGCAGGCCCGUGUUAAAGUUGAUGAGCUGCAGCGAGGCACUACACUGCUACAUCUUGCUGUUGCAAAUGGGUAUAAGGAGUGUAUUCAUAUCCUGCUCACCCAUGGAGCAACGGUAGACAUUCCAGAUGUGGACGGGAAUACUCCGCUGCAUUUAGCUGUUCGAAAAGGGUAUGAAUGGGUAUGGGCUAUCGAUAUGCUUAUCGAUGAGGGUGCGGAUAUCACCACAAUGUGUGCGGGGUUGUCGGUGCUUCAUAUUGCAGCGCAGAGCGGGAACGAGAAGAUGGUGGCAUGCCUGCUAGAUCGAAAGGUGGAUAUUGGGACGGUGACCGCAGACGGAGGCGGCUUUACAGCAUUGCAUCUUGCUUCAAUGGGGGGGCAUGUUAAUGUGGCUAAGCUGCUGCUUGACCGUGGGGCGGGUCUGAAUUCGGUCGGAGAGGAUGGGGAUACCCCGUUACAUUCGGCAGCAUGGGAGGGGCAGGAGAGCGUUGCAAGUGUGCUCUUAGACAAGGGGGCUGAUAUGAGCAUUACCAGCAAUAAUGGGUGUACACCAUUCCACUUCGCGGCGUUUAGAGGGCAUCUAGGGAUGUUGAAGCUUUUGAUGCUCCGUGGGGUGAACAUUGAGGCAACUGAUGUGUCACAGCGGACGGCCCUACAUAUUGCGGCGCAUGGGGGUCACUUACACGUGGUCACGUUUCUCCUUAAUGCUAAGAUGGAUAUGUCUGCAACUAGCAUCAACAAGCAUACAGCUCUCCAUACAGCAGCGACGUCUGGGCGGAAAGAUGUGGUUCAGUUCCUACUUGAGAAGGGAGCUGAUGUCACAGCAAUUGACAUUAAUAAUAAUACACCUUUUGAUCUGGCAGUGGCUGGUGGACAUGACGGGGUGAUGGAGGUCCUCUCUGCGAGAACGUCAUUGACUGAAGGCUAA